AUGUUGAUCCUCAUCGUCGGAGUCACCGGCAAUAUCGGCCAAAAGCUGAUCGCACCCCUCCGGCAACGGGGAGCCCAAGUGCGCGGCCUAGCCAGGCACGAGGCGAAGAUGGCUCCCUCGAAACUGCAACUGCUGGAAAGCUUCCACGACAUGGAGACGUGGCACGAUGUGCCUGCCAUCCGAAAGGCGCUUGAGGGCGUCGACGCCGUGAUAUGUGCGUAUGGACCCGUGCCGGAACUGGUGCUGGAGGGACAACUGCUUCUUGUGCGCUUGAUGGAGGAACAAGGCAUCUCUCGAUUCAUGCCGUCUGCAUGGAACUUGGACUGGACCGCGCUCGACUGGAGGGACGUUGUCUACUACGACUUGUUCCUCGCCACGCAGCGGCAGCUGGCCAUGUCGUCCACCAUCAAACCGUUCUACAUCUUUAUCGGAUUCUUCGCGGAGACGUUCUUCUCCCUGCCUGGACAUGGCGUGUUUAAUCCGUCCACGCACGGCGUUUGGGAUUCUAACAGUGGUAAACCCAAGGCCGAGUAUUGGGGCACGGGGGACGAGAAGUGGCAGAUCACCACGGAACAAGAGGCGGCCGAGUUCACGGCGGCGCUGAUCUGCGACGAGUCUCGCGAGCCGGGCGUGUACAGGUACUGCAGUUGGGAGUACAGCGUCAGGGAGAUCGCCGCGAUCUAUGAGAAGGAAAGGGGGGUCGCUGUUCGGCUCGAACCUCAGGGGACCGCGGAGGACUUGCAGAAGACUGCCGCGGCUACUCAGCAGGAGUUGGGGUUGGCCAGGUUCUGGCAGUGGAUGGGAUAUACGUACCAGAUACAUCAGAUGUCGCGGAAGACCAUGAUGAGCAAACUGGACAACAAGCUAUAUGCGGAUGUCAAGCGCGUGGGACUCGGGGAGUUCUUGAGAUUGCAUCCAGAGAUCUGA